ACCUUUUCCCUCUCCCAGCACUCUGCCUCUCCCUGCCCCUAAGGUGGACACCAUGGACCCACUGAUGGCCGUCCUUUGCCUGCUACCUCUGUACCCAGGCUUGGCUACAGCCGCUCCCUCCUGCCCUCAGAAUGUGAAUAUCUCUGGUGGGACAUUCACCCUCAGCAACGGCUGGGCCCCUGGGAGUGUCCUCACCUACUCCUGUCCCCUGGGCCGCUACCCAUUCCCUGUGGCAUCACGGCUGUGCAGGAGCAACGGGCAGUGGCAGGUCCCGAGAGCCACCCGGGUGACAAAGGUGGUCUGCAAACCUGUUCGCUGUCCAGCCCCUGUUUCCUUUGAGAACGGUGUGUACACCCCACGGCUGGGGUCCCACCCUGUGGGCGGCAACCUGAGCUUUGAAUGUGAGGAUGGCUUCACACUUCGGGGCUCGCCUGUGCGGCAGUGUCGCCCCAAUGGCAUGUGGGAUGGGGAGACGGCCGUGUGUGACAACGGUGCCAGCCACUGCCCCAACCCGGGCAUAUCCGUGGGUGCGGUGCGGACGGGGUCCCGCUUUGGCCUUGGGGACAAGGUCAGAUACCACUGCUCCUUGAAUCUGGUGCUGACAGGCUCUGUGGAGCGGGAGUGCCAGGACAGUGGGGUCUGGAGUGGGACGGAGCCCAUCUGCCGCCAGCCCUACUCUUAUGACUUUCCUGAGGAUGUGGCCCCCGCCCUAGGCACCUCCUUGUCCCACCUCCUUGAAUCCACCAAUCCCACCCAGAAGAAGAAUGAAAACCUGGGCCGAAAAAUACAAAUCCAGCGUUCGGGUCACUUGAACCUCUAUCUGCUUCUGGAUGCCUCUCAGAGUGUGUCAGAAGAGGACUUCAAAGUCUUCAAGGACAGUUCCUCCCACGUGGUGGACAGGAUCUUCAGCUUUGAGAUCAAUGUUAGUGUCGCCAUCAUCACCUUUGCAUCAAAACCCAAAAUCAUCAUGUCAGUUCUGAGCGACAAAUCCCGGGAUGUGACUGAAGUGGCCAACAGUCUGGAAAAUGCCAACUAUAAAGACCAUGAAAAUGGAACUGGAACCAACAUCUACAAGGCUCUAAAUAGUGUCUAUAACAUGAUGAACAACCAAAUGGAACGCCUUGGCAUGAACACGGUGGCCUGGCAGGAAAUCCGACACGCCAUCAUCCUUCUGACUGAUGGCAAGUCCAACAUGGGUGGCUCUCCAAAGCCAGCUGUUGAGAACAUCAAAGAGAUCUUGAACAUCAACCAGAAGAGGACUGACUAUCUGGACAUCUAUGCCAUUGGCGUGGGCAACCUGGAUGUGGACUGGAGAGAACUGAAUGAGCUGGGGUCCAAGAAGGAUGGUGAGAGGCAUGCCUUCAUUCUGAAGGACACGAAGGCUCUGAGCCAGGUCUUUGAGCACAUGCUGGAUGUUUCCCAGCUCACGGACACCAUCUGUGGGGUAGGGAACAUGUCUGCCAAUGCCUCUGCCCAGGAGAGGACACCUUGGCAUGUCACUAUUAAGCCCAAGAGCCAGGAGACCUGCCGGGGGGCGCUCAUCUCAGACCAGUGGGUCCUGACAGCUGCUCACUGCUUCCGCCAGGCCGAGGACCGCUCCCUGUGGAGGGUCAGUGUGGGGGAUCCCAACUCCAAGUGGGGCAAAGAAUUCCAAAUUGAGAAGGCAGUGAUCUCCUCGGAGUUCAAUGUCUAUUCCAAGAAGAACCAGGGAAUCCCGGAGUUCUAUGGCAAUGACAUUGCCCUGCUAAAGCUGGCCCAGAAAGUGAAGAUGUCUACCCACGCCAGGCCCAUCUGCCUUCCCUGCACGGUGGGGGCCAAUCUGGCUCUGCGGAGACCUCCGGGCAGCACCUGCCAAGACCAUGAGAGGGAACUUCUGAACCAGAUGAGCAUUCCUGCUCAUUUUGUGGCCUUGAAUGGGAGCAAGCUGAACAUUAACCUCAAGACAGGGUCAAAGUGGAAAAACUGUAUCCAGGUCGUCUCUCAAGACAAAGUCACAUUCCCCAACUUGACAGAUGUCAGAGAGGUGGUGACAGACCAGUUUCUAUGCAGUGGGACUGAGGAGGAUGACAAUCCCUGCAAGGGAGAAUCUGGGGGAGCAGUUUUCCUUCAGCGGAGAUUCAGGUUUUUUCAGGUGGGCCUGGUAAGCUGGGGUCUCUACAACCCCUGUGGCAGCUCCAAUAAAAACUCCCGCAGAAAGGCCCCCCGUGGCAGGAUCCCACCACCACGAGAUUUCCACAUCAAUCUCUUCCGCCUGCAGCCCUGGCUGAGGCAGCACCUGGAGGGCGUCCUGAACUUUUUGCCCCUCUAAUCAUGGCCACCGAGGCCUUUGCUGUCCUGCCAGGACCUGCCAUCUCUCCCAUUUCCUACCUUUCAACUUUCACCCUCGGUCUCCGUGACCCAUCCCCACUCCCUGCUCUGCGCAAACCCCUGCCUCUAGGAACCGGAGGCAAGGCAGCCAGCGGCACAUGCAAGCCGGGGAAUCCCCAGGGCUCCUGCCGGCGCAGAGCCCAUCCUCGGGUUUACUUGGCUCACUCUCUCCUUUCACUUUCACAUGGAAUUUCCCAGUUAUGAAAUUAAUAAAAAUCAAUGAUUUCCUCA